AUGGAGGACAAAAAAAAGAGAAAAUUCUCCUUCUGUGAAAUUUACCAACACGAGUUUACGAGAAAAACAACAAAGGAAAUAAACAACGACGACGACAACGACGACACCGGAGACAACGACCACGACAAAAACACCAACGGCGCUCUCCGUGAACCAUCAUUUCUUCUGACGGACAUCGUUUAA